AUUUGUAAUAAACAACAUUUUUUUCCAUUCAUUUGUUGACCACGUUGUGUGCGCCGGUGUUAAAUAAAUCACAAUUUCCAUAAAAGAUGCAAAGAUGACCAGCAAAUCAUUUGCGUGUAAGAAUAAUCCCGAUGAUUUUUGCUACAUUUGUGGCGAAUAUGAUUCGGUAUCAGUGAAAAAGCGACUUAGCAAAGCGCACGAAACGGCGUUUCUCGCGUAUUUCGGUUAUGGUAUUUGUGAUCAAAACAGUCAAUGGGUUCCGCAUCUUAUUUGCAAAUCUUGUCAUUUGGGUUUGUUAAAAUGGAUGAACGAUUGCGGUGGCGGCCUAAGUUUUUGCCAACCAAUGAAAUGGCACGAACCGAAAAACCAUAACAUUGAUUGUUACUUUUGCCUCACUCAAAUCGAUGGCAACACCGGCAAAGUGGAAUACCCGAACGUGAUUUCAGUAACAAAACCAGUGCCAAAUAGCACACCGGUCAACCUACAAGCAUCGAUUUACAACAACACCACUCCCACGGUGCCAUCCAAAAAUUACGAACAUCAUUUAAUAUUGCCAAACGAACUGGAUUUGCUGAUUAGCGGUCUCAAUCUAAGCGAACGAAGUGCUGAAAUGUUGGUCAAAUUUUUUCAGCAAUGGAAUGUUCUGGCACCAUUUCCAGGUUUUCGUCGGCCCAAAGUAGCACGAGUGAUGUGAAUUUUCGGCGCAAACUAACCACAAGUGAUUCAUACAUGAUCAUUUAAUUACAUCCACAUAAUAGUCAUAUUUUGUCAUCAAACAACACAUAAUCUAUGCGAGAACUAAAUAAAAUAUUCCGAUUGACAUUCGAAUAAGAACAUUUCUUGCCAACAUCUGCAUCUAUUUAUAUUGUCAUUGUCAUUUUUUUUAUCCUCUUUCAUAACAUAUUUGAGCGAAAACGGAAGAAAAAAAACCAGAAACCAUAUCUAGUUGUAGAGUAUGUUAAAGGAUCAAAUUGUUGACAAUAAGAUUGAGUGCAAGAUUGAAUUAAUUAUAUUUUGCUAAUAAUUUCAAAUGUAAAUAAAUACGCACGUUCCGAGAAAUAUA